UAACACAUUAAUUUUGGGCAAGGAAUCGUCGAACAGCGUUUCAUGUCAACCAUCGAUUGCGCGUGGCAUAGUCACAAGGAGGGCAUGUAGCCCCCUCCCUCCUCCCUGGGUAGGUGUUACUGUGUAGUUACGCAGCAAGGGCGCAUGGUACCCAAAAAGCAGGCGGGCUUGUCUACCUCUGCGAGUGAAUUUAACUAGUAGAUUGAGGCUUACUCACUUCCAAUUCAUUCUAUGUUGACCGACCGGCGCCGCAGCCGACAAGUCUUUCCUAGCUAGCUAUACUUUUGUCCUCUGUAUUCUGCACUCCUUGAGCAUUGCCUCAAUACAUUCACAAUGGCCUCACCACCGAACACGGCAGUGGACAUCAUCGAGCAGCUCAAUGACCUGAAAGCCAAACUGUCGUCUGUCGAUGAUGUAGUUGCUAAAGAGGAUGCCGUAAAUCUGGCUCGCCAGCUGGUGACUACUCUAGAGCAACCGGAGAACAUUGCUGUUGAAUUAGCCUUUUCGCCAUUUUUGGCGAUUGCAGCCCGAAUUGCCGUACAGCUUGAUCUUUUCAAACAUAUCGCCAGCCACGACAAGCCUGUUACAUCGGCCGAGCUCGCAUCCUUGUCUGGAAGCGAAGAGUUACUGAUCAUUCGUAUCCUCCGACCUAUGGCUGCAAUAGGAUUUGUCAAAGAGGCUGGUCAAAGGAAAUGGACGGCGACACCCCUUACCUUCGCAAUGGCGACAGAGGAAAUAGCCUCUGGACACCGGAUGGUGGGCGAAAUGAUUGUCGGGGCGGCAUCUCAAGCGCCAAAAUACUUCAAAGAAGCCGGCUACCAAUGCCCGACUGAUCCCCACGAUGGCCUCAUGCAAUAUGCUUUUAGAACUAAAUUAACAACAUUUGAAUUCUUCAAGUCAAUGCCCGAAAUCUUUAACGACUUCAAUAUGUUCAUGGGCAAUACCAUGGGUGCUCGGCACUAUUGGGUUGACUGGUUUCCAGUUCAAGAUAUACUGCUAGAUGGAGCAACUAACGGAUCCCCGCUCCUUGUAGACGUGGGAGGCGGGAAAGGACACGAUGUCGUCUCAUUCCACACAAGAUAUCCACAUCAAGGACGCCUAGUCCUACAGGAUCUGGAAUCAGUCAUUGAAAGCAUCGAAGGACUGGAUUCAGCAAUUGAGGUAAUGGAAUACAAUUUCUUCACUGAACAGCCGGUAGAAGGCGCACGCGCGUACUUUUAUCAUCACAUACUGCACGACUGGUCCGACUCCAACUGUUUGGAUAUUCUAAAAAGAGUCAAAAAGGCUAUGACGCCUGGUUAUUCCAGACUGCUUAUCCAUGAAAUGAUUAUUCCUGAAGAAGGAGCUUCAGCAUUUCAUGCCGUUCUCGACAUGACUAUGAUGGCCUUUAACGCGGCAAUGGAGAGAACGGAGAGACAAUGGAUAGAACUUAUGGAGAGGGCCGGCCUGAAGGUCGUCAAGGUCUGGGCUCCUCCCCAGAAUGAUGGGGAUGGUAUUAUUGAGGUUGUUUUAGAGGAGUGAUGAUAGCGCCAGGUUCCGAGAUAUUUCAUAUAUUGUGUCGGGGCAGGUGUCUAGAGAAGUAAAUGUAUGCUAUACAAUACGUGCGACUGCCCGUUAUUGAUUCGUAAAAUAGCUGGCUAAAUUACAGAUAUCGAUAUGUUCAGGUAA